GGGACCUUUAUAGGGAGCGCCGGCCGCGCGCUGGGAAGUCAGUGCCGCUGCCGUCUCUGCGUUCGCCAUGCGUCCCGGGGCGCCAGGGCCACUCUGGCCUCUGCCCUGGGGGGCCCUGGCUUGGGCCGUGGGCUUCGUGGGCUCCAUGGGCUCGGGGGAUCCCGCGCCCGGUGGUGUUUGUUGGCUCCAGCAGGGCCAGGAGGCCACCUGCAGCCUGGUGCUCCGGACUGACGUCACCCGGGCCGAGUGCUGCGCCUCCGGCAGCAUUGACACCGCCUGGUCCAACCUCACUCACCCGGGGAACAAGAUCAACCUCCUUGGCUUCUUGGGCCUUGUCCACUGCCUUCCCUGCAAAGAUUCGUGCGACGGCGUGGAGUGCGGCCCGGGCAAGGCGUGCCGCAUGCUGGGGGGCCGCCCGCGCUGCGAGUGCGCGCCCGACUGCUCUGGACUCCCGGCGCGGCUGCAGGUCUGCGGCUCAGACGGCGCCACCUACCGCGACGAGUGCGAGCUGCGAGCCGCGCGCUGCCGCGGCCACCCGGACCUGCGCGUCAUGUACCGGGGCCGCUGCCGCAAGUCCUGUGAGCGCGUGGUGUGCCCGCGGCCACAGUCGUGCGUCGUGGACCAGACGGGCAGCGCCCACUGCGUGGUGUGUCGGGCGGCGCCCUGCCCUGUGCCCUCCAGCCCCGGCCAGGAGCUUUGCGGCAACAACAACGUCACCUACAUCUCCUCGUGCCACCUGCGCCAGGCCACCUGCUUCCUGGGCCGCUCCAUCGGUGUGCGCCACGCGGGCAGCUGCGCAGGCACCCCUGAGGAGCUGCCAGAUGGUGAGUCGGAGGAAGAGGAAGAGAACUUCGUGUGAGCCUGCAGGACAGGCCUGGGCCUGGUGCCCGAGGCCGCCCCCCACCCCGUUAUUUAUUGCCACAGCAGAGUCUAAUUUAUAUCCCAUGGACACUCCCUAGGGCCUGGAUUCGGACCACUUGGGGAUCCCAGAACCCCCCUGGAAGGACUGAGGAAGGGUGGCCUGGGGGCCGGCUGGUGGGUGGGGUAGACCUGCAUUCCGGACACCGAGCCCCUGAUUUAGGGCCUUUCUCUAAGAAGCUCCAGCCCCUACCCUAAGACCUAUUGCUGGGGAGGACUCCACACUUCUGCUCUGCUCCUUUGGGGAUAAACCUGUUAAUUAUUGCUACCAUUAAGAGGGCUGAGCAUUCCCUGCUGGUAAUUCCUGAAGAGGCAUGACUGCUUUUCUCAGCCCCAACCGUCCUAGAACAGGGGCCUUGGGCUUAGGCCAGGAGGAGCAGAGGAGGUCUAGCCUGGGUGUGUAUGGAAGGUCUAGCCUGGGUGAGUACAGAGGGUCUAGCCUGGGUGUGUACGGAAGGUCUAGCCUGGGUGAGUACGGAGGGUCUAUCCUGGGUGUGUACGGAGGGUCUAGCCUGGGUGAGUACGGAGGGUCUAGCCUGGGUGAGUAUGGAGGGUCUAGCCUGGGUGUGUACGGAAGGUCUAGCCUGGGUGAGUACAGAGGGUCUAUCCUGGGUGUGUACGGAGGGUCUAGCCUGGGUGAGUACGGAGGGUCUAGCCUGGGUGAGUACGGAGGGUCUAGCCUGAAUGCGUGUGGGGACCUCAGAACACUGUGACCUCAGUCCAGCAAGCCAGGCCCUUCAUGAAGGCCAAGGCUGCCACUGUCCUGCCAGCUCAAGAGCUCCAGGUUCCCCACUGCCUCUGUAUGCCCCUUCCCAUCCUGAGAAGGCCGUUGAGAAAUGCCCAGUGUGACCCAUGGGAAAGGGCACGGCCUGUCCUCCUGACACGGGCCGUGCUCAGCCACAGAACCGCCCAGCGCCUCCCCUGCUGCCGUCCACGGUCAGUUCACUAGGCGACAUCACAUGGUCUCAGGCAUGCGGCAGCCAGCGGCAGCUCAGCGCAGGGCACUAUGUCCAGCGGAGCCCAGUCCACUGUGGGGGGACUCCGGCAGGGACCACGGACCCCUGCUCACCCACUGGCCCCGAGAGGAGUGUAGACACCAAGACUCACGCAUGUGUGACAUCUGGAGUCCUGGAGCCGGGUGUCCCAGCAGCACCACUAGGUGGCUGCUGCCUCCACAGUGGGGUUCACACCCAGAGCUUCUCGGUCCCCUACAUGUAGCCCGCCCCGGCUACAUGCCAGACCUGCCUCACCCACCAGCACAGCUGGAGCUGGCGACACCAGCCAGGUGCUGGUCUUGGGCCAGUUGUCCCACGACGGCUCACCCUCCCCUCCAUCUGGGUUGUCGCUCAGAAUUGCCUACCUGUGCCUGCGUGUAAACCAGAGCCUCAGACCAGCUAUGGGGAGGGGACAAUGUGGAGGAAAUCCAGCUUCCCCGGUCUGGGAUGAGGAGUGCUGGGAGCUUGGGCAUCCUCCUCUAGCCCCCAGGCAGUGCCUUACCUGUGGUGCCCAGAAAAGUGCCCCUGGGCUGGUGGGUCUACGGGAGCCUCAACCAGGCAGCCCUCCCCACCCCGGGGCCCUGCCUCACCAAAGAAAUAAAGACUCAAGCCAUUU